UGACGGGGCUGCCAACACGCAAACAGAGUUGGGCUCUCUGUGUUAGAGGCCCGAACGUCAUUUCUGUUCCCGUCACAUGACAUUAAUUCUCUUUCGUUCAGUUCAGUUUCGAGUUUUGGACGGCUAUACGGAAGGACCAGUAAAGCUGCUUUAAAGUAAAGAUGUCCGACAUGAACAAGCCUCCUGGAGGUGGCUAUUCACAGCCAACAGCUCCUGUCUAUCAAUCACAACCAGGAUAUGGGCCUCCUCAAGGCUACCAAGGACCUCCACCAUCAGGAUACCAAAGUGGUGCCCCUGCUAACUAUGGAGCACCCCCCACUGGAUACCAAACAGUGCCUGCUACGACUACCACUCAUGUGUAUGUCAGGGGUUCAGGCAAUUGCCCAGCAUGUGGUGUUGGUAAUACCCAGUCUGAGUUCACUAUACUAGGUAUCUGCCUGGCUAUUCUGUUCUUUCCUAUCGGCAUCUUGUGUUGUCUGUUAUUGACUGAGAAGAGGUGCAACAACUGUGGAAUGACUUAUAGUUGAGCAGCUGAAAGAUUGAAUUUUUAAUGAUUUUAAGAGUUCAUAUUUUCUGAGAUUGCUUCAAGCUUUAAAACACAUAUAAAGACAAAUCCUGACAUGGAUAAACACAUUGAUUUAAUGACUCUUACUCAUGAGUGAAUUAGAUAAAAAUAUUAUUAGAUUUUUUAGCUAUGACAUUUUUACUGAAAGGUGAUAUUAGAUAUCAUUAUGUUAUAGUGGAUUUAUUUGUUAUUGCUGGGGAAAAGUCCAGAUACACUGUAUUAUGACAUAGAAUGUGAUAAGUUAAAUAUAUCAAACACAUGAAAAAGUGCUUCAUCCCAUUUCCAAACACCGAGAAGUGGAUUGAGGCGAAGCCAAGUGCUUUUAACCAACUUCAAGGUGUUUGGAUAGAGGAUGAAACACUCUUUCUCAAACUGUUAAUAAUUCUUGGAGAAAUGCAAAGCGUACGUUGCGCAAAUGUUAUGCGAUUUUCUGUUUUGUCCUUAAAAAUCGUUAAUGAAUUUGAGAAUUAAGAACUAUUGAUCUAACUAGAAUUCUUUGAUGCAAUGAUCUCUCUCUCACAGAAUGGCUUGACAUGCCAUGUGUUAAACACUUCUGUGUAAUCAUCUGUUUCAAUGUGUACUUGAUAGAAACCCUUUAUUAUAUGGCUUUGAUCCAGGUUUUUAGUGUAAUGCAUCCAUUGAUAGAGUGAUUUAUUACUUGGCCCUUGAAACGAUACUUACCAUAAUUUAUUAGUAGACAACACUAAUUACGUUGUUUUCUUUUGUUUUACUUCAACUAGUACUCGCUAAUUAUUCAACUUUGUUUCAAGUGCCAAGUAAGAUCACCCUAAUAUUCAUUCUGAACAGAUAUUAUAUUGUUCAAUGUUGUAGUUUUGUCAUUUGUAGUAGACGAGAUUUGUACUAGUGAAUUAGUGUUACCUGACCAUGAGGUUAUAACCUGAAUAAAAUACAAUUAAAAACA